AUGAGAAUAAAAUUGUUGGCAUUAUCAAAGGGUUCGGUAUACCUGCUAGACUGCGCACCUCACAGAUAUGUUUAUGUCCCUGUAAAUUAUAAUGGGGAGUUUCAUUGGGUCUUGGCAGUUGUUGCAUUGAAGGAAUGGUGCAUAAAGGUGUAUGAUUCAAUGUCCUCAUCUAGGACUAACAGAAAAUUGUGCUCCGAGAUUCAAAAGUUGUCUACAAUGUUGCCAAAGUACCUUGAAUCCAGCGGGUUUUUUGAGCAAAAAGAGCGAACCAACUGGCCAGUUCUUGAAACUUACCAAGGAAAGAACAAAUCUCUCUCAUUCGAAGUCAUACAUGUUAUUGGUAUUGCCCAACAAGCAAGCAGUAGUCUAGAUUGUGGACUUUUUGCUGCUGCAUAUGCUAAGUUUUUGAGUGAUGGACUACAAGUACCAUCUUAUGGAAUUAUUUCUGAAACCCUUCGCAUGAGAUAUGCUUCACUCCUAUGGAAUUAUGGGAUUUUAAAGGCUUUGAGUGGCUAUGUUAGUAAAAAUAAAGACCCACGGAGGUCUAGACCUAAAAAAGCAAAGUUAGAUGAAAAUAUUGUGGUUACCACCAUUGAUUAG